AUGUUGGCGAUGAAAUCAAUUGAAGUUUUACUAUUUUUAGUGGCUUUAGUGGAAAUAGUUGUGGGCAUUGUAAAUCCAAAUAAUGAAACUGCUCGUAUGGUUAUCUAUUUGCAAAAGCCCAAUGAAUUGGGUCCAAGUACUUGGCUGGCGGGCAUUAGCUGUUUGGAUCGCUUCACCGCCGUCUACUUUAAGAAACGUGAGGUUAUGACUCGCCCGCCGAAUAUCGUAUUGACCAGUGUUCUGAAUAUGUCUACACCAGCAGCUCAAAUACAAGAGGGUUUCUUGAAACUCAUGAUGGAGGCCAUCAGUGAAACACCUCCACAACACCAGCACUAUCAAUUGAGAAUUGUUUCCGAUUCCUUGAUUUAUGUACGCAUACCCAUGUCUCAGAGGGAAUUAGUGUUGGCAGAUUAUUAUAUAAUUGUUAUCGAUUCUAUAAUGCGUUUGAAAAGACUUAUGCGCAACAAUGUAAGUCAUAUGUUGUCCUGGAAUCCGGGUGCCAGAUUUCUGGUUCUCUACAAUAAUGCCAAUAAUCGCAAUAAAGAAAUCGAGACAGCACGUACCAUUUUCGAGGAAAUGCUGUACAAUUUUUAUGUCCAUCGUGUGGCCUUGCUGUAUGCCACCUCUCCAACCCAGUACUCUGUGCUUUUAAUGGACUAUUAUAAUGUUACAUCGUGCAGACAUUUGGAAAUAAAACCGUUUGCUGUUUGCCAAGAGGGUCGCUUCAAACCGGAAAAUAUGGCUCUAUUGGAUCUGCAGCUGCAAAUGUUUUUGAAUAGCAUUAGUCUGAGUAAUUGUACGUUUUAUAUGUGUGCUUCCAUAGCGGCGCCCUUCAUUGAGGCCGACUGUACGUAUGGACUGGAGUUAAGAAUUAUUAGUUUCAUAAAGAGUCGCUUGAAAUUUGAUAUCGAACAGACCUGUGAAAGUGAAAGUCGGGGCGUUGAGGAGAAAUCCGGAAAUUGGUCCGGUUUAUUGGGUCGCCUUAAUGAAAGAUCCUGUGACUUUAUUGCGGGUGGUUUUUAUCCCGACAACGAUGUCAUACAAAGUUUUUGGGUUUCCGAUACCUAUUUGGAUGAUUCUUAUACGUGGUUCGUUAAACUCGCCGAUCCCCGGCCACCUUGGAUGGCUCUCUAUGCUAUCUUUGAGGAUUAUACAUGGCUGUCAUGUAUAUUAAUGCUUUUAUUGACCUGGAUCACCUGGUUUAUCCUGGUAAAGUUUUUGCCAGAACCUUUGUAUACCAGAGAAUUUUCACUGAUUGGCAUCAAUAAUAUGGCAGUAACAAUUUGUGUAUCAGCCAAUGAGCGACCGAUAUGUGGAUCAUCUCGUAUUUUCUUUAUAUUUUUGGCAUUGUAUGGUUUGAAUUUAACAUCUACGUAUACAUCGAAAUUAAUAGCGGUAUUUGCCAAUCCAGGUUAUCUUCAUCAAAUCGAUAAAUUGCAGGAAGUUAAGGACGCAGGAAUUCCUUAUGGUGGCUAUGAAGAGAGCCGUGAUUGGUUUGAAAAUGAGGAGGACAUGUGGAUUUUUGAUGAUUACAAUGAUACGGCUGACUUUGAGCCAACCUCAGGGAAUUUGCAAAGCGUUAAAGUUGGGCAACGCGUAAUUUUAAGUAGUCGCAUGUAUAUCUUACAGAGUGCCUUAUCAGACGAUAUCUAUGCUUUUCCCAACAAUGUUUUCUCCAGUCCCAUACAAAUGAUUAUGAAACCGGGUUUUCCAUUCCUCUAUGAAUUCAAUUGGAUGAUUCGUUACAUGAGAGAUUUUGGCAUAUUUCGAAAAAUACAACAAGAUUUUGAAUAUAAUAAUACGUAUUUAAAUCGCAUUGCCAAAAUGAGACCAGAUUUUCAAGAAAUAGAUAUCGUUCUAACCACUCAGCAUCUGCAGGGACCAUUCGCUAUUUUAAUAGUAGGUGUUAUCAUAAGUACCUCCCUAUUUCUGGGAGAAUUAUUAAAUUUCUAUAUUAUUCAACCAUGUUGGGAGAAACGUCAAAAUGAUGUUUCAAACACCGAAGACAACGAUUUGAAAGAAAAUUUAAAGAAAAAGAAACGUGAUAAGGGGAAACAAAAGGAAAAGAAAAAAAAGACUAAAAUAAAAAAAACUGCUGAAAAGCUACAAGAUGAAAUUGUUAUACCCUGGGAUGAUCAAGAUAGUUAUGAUGGUCUCGUAAAAAAGGGUAUACGUUUUACACCUUUAAAGCGUAGAAUUAUAGAUAAUCAUGAAAACAUUUUAAGAAGUGGCGAUGACGUGGUUUUCAAAUCCCAUUUUAAAAGGGACUCUUUAAAAAAGAAAUGA